GAAUCACACACCACAGAAAAUUAGACAUCAACAUAGCCAUGAGAAGCCAUGGCAAUUAUUAUUGUUUUGUCUCUUCUUUUAUGGUUGUUGUUAUUUUGAUGUUUUUUGGAUUUUCUGAGGAAGCAUCCCAUGUGGUCACCUAUGUGUUUGGAGACUCACUAACUGAUGUUGGAAACAACAACUAUCUCAACUCACUUGCAAGGUCUAACUAUCCUUGGUAUGGGGUCGAUUACAAUGGUGGCCGAGCAACUGGGAGAUUCUCGAAUGGAAGAACUAUCGGAGAUAUAAUAUCUUCAAAGCUAGGGAUUCCCCCACCACCUCCGUACCUAUCACUAUCUCAAGACGACGAUAGACUCCUCCAAGGCGUCAACUACGCUUCCGGGGGAGCCGGAAUUCUCAACGACACCGGACUCUACUUCAUCCAAAGACUCUCGUUCGACGAUCAAAUCCAGAGCUUCAACAAGACGAAGAGGGCGAUAAGAGGGAAGAUAGGAGAGGAGGCAGCUAAGAAACAUUGCAAUGAAGCCAUGUAUUUCAUAGGAAUUGGUAGCAAUGACUAUGUGAACAACUUCUUGCAGCCGUUUCUGGCCGAUGGGCAGCAGUACACUCAUGAUGAGUUCUUGGAGCUCUUGGUCUCCACUUUGGACCACCAACUUUUGAGACUUUACCAAUUGGGUGCAAGAAAAAUGGUGCUACAUGGGUUAGGGCCAUUGGGUUGCAUCCCUUCACAAAGAGUGAAAUCAAGAAAGGGGCAAUGCCUAAAGAGAGUGAACCAAUGGGUUCAAGAGUUCAACUCGAAAGUCCAAACUCUCACGGCCACUCUCAACAAACACCUCCCGAAUGCACAACUUCUUUUUGCAGACACCUACUCGACUGUUCUUGACCUCAUCACCAAUCCGUUCGCUUAUGGUUUCAAAGUUUCCAAUACUUCUUGUUGCAAUGUGGACACAAGCAUUGGAGGGCUUUGUUUGCCCAACUCAAAACUUUGUAGCAAUAGAAGUGAGUAUGUGUUUUGGGAUGCCUUCCAUCCCUCUGAUGCUGCCAAUGCAAUCUUGGCUGAUAAACUCUUUGCAACUUUAUUCACUUCUCCUUCGCCCUCGCCCGCUCUACCGCCUCGAUAUUCAAGAGGCUGAGUUAAAGGUUCAUUGACGUGUUGAUAUUUUCAUAUUGAUAUAAGAAGUUAAUCAAUAUUUCUACUGUACUAUAAGAAUGUCGACGAGAUACAAAACAGUGGUGACUGAUUAUCACUUAUGUGAACAAAAUACUAGUAGCAAGGUUCUUAACUUUAUUCAA